CGAUGAAUGCUUGCGCGCUUGCACUCCUCAACCACGUGUCGAUAUUUGCUUGCUACCGGCGAAAACCGGACCAUGCAGAGCUAGGUUUUCCAAGUUUUUCUACAACUCGACUUCUGAAAUGUGCGAAAGCUUUAUUUACGGCGGCUGUCAGGGAAACGAAAACAGAUUUGAGACAAGACAGGAAUGUGAGGUCAGAUGUAAAGAUGCGUCAGUCAAUAUUUGUUUGUUGCCCAAGGAAACCGGCCCAUGUGAAGCAUUAAUUAGGAAAUUCUACUAUAACGCCAACACAGAACAGUGUGAAGAAUUUAUCUAUGGCGGGUGUCAAGGGAAUGAUAACAGAUUUGAUACACAGCGAGAAUGUGAGAAUGCAUGUAAGGGCACAACAACUCCUCAACCACGCGUCGAUAUUUGCAUGCUACCGUCGAAAACCGGACCAUGCAGAGCAAGCUUUCCCAAAUUCUUCUACAACUCGACUUCUGAAAUGUGCGAAGACUUUAUUUACGGCGGCUGUCAGGGAAACGAAAACAGAUUUGAGACAAGACAGGAGUGCGAGAAAAAAUGUAGCAAUGCACCACCAACUAAGUCGCCAAUCGAUACUUGCUUGCAGCCUUCAAAAACAGGGCCAUGCCUUGCACUUUUUCGAAAAUUCUACUACAACGCCAGCACAGGAACAUGUGAAGAGUUUAUAUACGGCGGAUGUCAGGGAAAUGAUAACAGAUUUGAGACACAACAGGAAUGUGAGAAUGCAUGUUACGGCACAACAACUCCUCAACCGCCAGUCGAUACUUGCUUGCUACCGCCGGAAACCGGACCAUGCAGAGCUUCCUUUCCCAAGUUUUUCUACAACUCGACUUCUGAAAUGUGCGAAGACUUUAUUUACGGCGGCUGUCAGGGAAACGAUAACAGAUUUGAGACAAGACAGGAAUGCGAGGUCAGAUGCAAAGAUUCGUCAGUCAAUAUUUGUUUGUUGCCCAAGGAAACCGGCCCGUGUGAAGCAUUAAUUAGGAAAUUCUACUAUAACGCCAACACAGAAAAGUGUGAAGAAUUUAUCUAUGGCGGGUGUCAAGGGAAUGAUAACAGAUUUGAUACACAGCGAGAAUGUGAGAAUGCAUGUAAGGGCACAACAACUCCUUAA